CAUUUGAGUCUUUCCUCUUUUGGACUAGCGAUUAGCAGAGUACAUCGAUGGCAAUGGCUUCCAGAUUAACCCUUCUCAGGCGAAUCUCUAAACUUCUCUUAUCUCCUUCGCUUUCGCCUUCCCCACCCCUCCGCUCUUCUCGUCUUCUUUUUCUUCUUCGAAAUGCUUCCAGGACCAACGUUUCUCCUUGGCCAUUCGCCUCUUCUAGAAGCUUCUGCUCUGACCCUCUUAAUCUCCCCCAGGAUUCUCAGGGACCUGCUUCCAUUGAUUAUCGUUCGGUUUUGCCGGAAGAUGAAUUUCAUAGAUUAGCUAAUUCUACAAUCCAUAACCUUCAAGAGAAAUUAGAGGAAUAUGGUGAUAUUGUUGAAAUUGAUGGUUUCGAUGUAGAUUAUGGGAAUGAAGUAUUGACACUAAAACUUGGGGCUCUGGGCACCUAUGUGAUGAAUAAGCAGACCCCUAAUCGACAAAUUUGGUUAUCUUCACCUAUAAGUGGUCCAUCUAGAUUUGACUGGGAUCAUGAUACUCAAGCUUGGGUGUAUCGACGAACUAAAGCAAAUUUGUUCAAACUUUUGGAAAGUGAAUUGGAGCAACUAUGUGGUGAACCAGUCAAUCUUUCAUAGACUGUUGUAGAUCCUAUGAUAUACUCAAAUACUUUCAAAGCUUUGAAGCUUAUUGCACACAUCUAAAGCAGUUGAUUUUCUUCAACAAACUAUCUCUCAAGAUUCUUAAACCCCCUCCUGGGUUUUACCAUGUGUCAACUUAGAAAUUAGAACUGGUCCCCAAUAAAUUACGGUUCAACAAACAUGUGUUUUCACCUAACUUCUCCUGUUGCAGAAACUCCUGCUGUACUUUGUUUAAAGACCAUGACCACCUCUAAAGAAAAUGGCAAGGUCAUUGGCGGUUUGAUCCUGAGUUACAAGUGUAGAGGAUUGUGUGAUAUGGUACUUGCUUGAUUGUUCCUGUUCACCCUCGUGAUUGUACUUAUCUUGAGAACGUGGGUGUCAUUGUUUCUUGCAACAGGUUGCCAAAUAAAGUAGCCCAAGCAACUUUAUCAACUACUAAACAGAGAACCACCGGAGAAAAUACGCACACAGAUAUUAUAGUCAAGGUUUGUGAGCCUAGGCAUUAUGAGUAGUAGCAUCAAAGACUCUCAUGGUUUGAACAAUUAGGUAAAGAAUUGAUGGAAUCUUGUGGUGUUUAUGUCACUUAACAGUAGUGCCUAUUAUUGAUGCAGAGGGUCUUACUCUUAUCAAAUAUAUCUAUCACUUUUAAUACUAGUUGGCUGCUUUAAGACGGUGGGGCCUGUUUGCCAAAUUUGGCCAGAAAAACGACAUAAAUGCUGGAAUAGAUUUCAUUGUUAUCUCACAGUCUUCAAGUAAACCGUGCAUUGGCAUUGGCCUUGGCCUUAAAAGCAUAUAUAUCGCCUAAAGAUAUGUGAAGACAAGAUAAGGCAGGUAUACCAUCUAUAUUUAGUGCCUAAUCUACGGUUCCUAUAGCUUGAAACAAUGAUGUAUAAAACAAAAUUUAUCCCUAUUCCUGAUAAUUUAGUUGACCGUAAUGCCCAAAUAUGUUCAAAGUUGGGUCUAUUGUCUGAAGGGUAUCAAAGCAUCCUAUGGUUUCAAUGUUUAGCUGACACUUGUUUAAAUUAUAGGCGGAUAGAAAUAUAGAGUCGGUUGGAUUGAA